CGGGGUAAAUCCUAUCUCAGUAACAAACUGAUGAGAUAUCUCAAGUGGCUCGAAUACAACGUCAAGGUAUUCAAUGUCGGUCAAUUACGAAGGUCUCGAGCUAGACAGAAGGCGCAACAGAGUGGUAUCCAAGAAGAUCAUACCUCAUCAUAUUUCAGUCACAGCAAUGUAGAAGCCACAAAACUUCGUGAUGAGCUUGCUCAAGACAGCCUAGAAAUGUUAAUCCAGUGGUUGAAGGAUGGUGGGAAUGUUGGUAUUCAUGAUGCGACCAAUAGUACUAGAAGUCGCCGAGCCAUGAUCGAAGCUCGUGUAGCGAAAGAGAAGGGCAUAUACGUCAUAUUCCUCGAGUCCAUCUGCAGCGAUCCAGCUGUUAUCGCGGCCAAUGUUGCGCUGAAAGUUAGCUCUGGAGAUCCUGACUACAAGGAUACCUCCAGAGAAGAAGCUAAACGGGAUUUCAUUCGACGUAUCAAAGAAUAUGAAGCAGUUUACGAGACUAUAACUGAGCCUCACCUAUCGUACCUUCGGAUUACGAAUGUGGGGGAUGAAGUUACACUGUCGCGGAUCAAUGGUUAUCUGCAGAGUCGAAUCGCCUUUUAUCUGAUGAACUUACACGUCAAACCACGAAGCAUAUUCGUUUCUCGACACGGAGAGAGCCAGUACAACGUGGAUGGGAAGAUUGGUGGUGAUUCAUCAUUGUCUCCUCGAGGCCUGGAGUAUGCAAAAGCAUUACCAGGCCUUGUAAGGGACAAUAUCGGUACCGCACCGCUUACCGUUUGGACUUCAACUCUUCAGCGAACCAUUCAAACGGCCCAGGACCUACCAUACACUAAACUUACUUGGAAGUCUCUGGAUGAGCUUGAUGCCGGUGUUUGCGACGGUAUGACUUAUGAAGAGAUCGAGCAAGCAUACCCAGAUGAUUUUGCUAAUCGCGACGAAGACAAGUUUAAUUAUCGCUACCGAGGGGGUGAAUCCUACCGUGACGUCGUCGUUCGACUUGAACCUGUAAUAAUGGAGCUGGAGCGACAAGAAAAUAUUCUUAUCAUCGGUCAUCAGGCUAUUCUUCGGUGUUUAUAUGCGUAUUUCCACGAUUUACCCCAGACCGACCUACCGUAUAUCAAGAUUCCGCUUCAUACGGUGAUAAAGCUCACUCCAAAGGCCUACGGUUGUGACGAAGAAAGAUACAUGCUCCCCAUCAAAGCUGUAGAUACACAUAGACCAAAACCACACGUCCAGCAGUUGGAAGUGCCCCUAAUCAACUCAACGCGCGAGUAUUAUGACAAGUAAUGAUUUUUGUGUUUGUAGUUUUAUCUGUACAGUAGUCUAAAUCCAAAUCGAAGCUGUAUGUACAAAAUCCAUGUCACUGGUAGAGCGUACG